CCGCAGGGCAGGCCACCGGGUGCCGACGCCGCCGCGCUCGCCGGCGCCGGAGGCCCCCGCCGCGCCGCCGGGCGCCCAGGGAGCAGGGUCUUCCACGGCAGCCGCCGCGCCGGCGAAGUUGAGGCACACGGGCCAGGCAGACACCCUGCCACGCUCGGCGUCCGAGGCCACCACCUGUGCAUCUCCGGCCCCGUCGGAGCAGCAGCAGUCCAGCCCCGAGAGCGACGGGGACUCUCCAGUCCUGCAGGGCGGCGCGGCCGCGCUGCAGCCCGCCGAGCGGCAGGGCCCCCGGCGGAGCAGGCAGAAGCACCGGCAGGCCACGCAGCCUGCCCCUGCAGCGCCCCGCGUCACCGCGCCGGCGCCCUCCGCCGCGAAGAAGAAGGUGAUGCCCCGGCGUGGUGCCCGCGCCGCCGACAAGGACGACGACCUGGACUGGCUGGUGCCGGCGAGGCCCGCGACGCCGACGUGGAUGUGGGCCCUGCUGCUGUGCGCCGGCAUCGCCGCGGGCUUGGGCCUCGGCCGGCUCGGCGGCGGGUCGCGCGCCCCGGGCGGCGGCGGCGGCGGGCUGCCGCGCGAGGCGCUCGACAUGGACGUCGUUUACGUGCACGUCGUGGACAUGGAGGGCGGGGCGCCCGCGGAAGGGCCGUGG